GUUGCCUAUGGGUUUAGUCGUUGAGUGAAAGAACCAAGAUAAGGAAAGGUUGCACCGUAUGUCUAAGUGAGAAGUGUUAGUAAUUAAACUCAAUUCUUGGUAUACAUUAAUUAAAGCAUCUCGUUUUAAAUGAUUAACAAUUUUUACCUGAUUGUGCCACUUGUUGCAAGUUACUAACAAAUUAGAUACUUCCUGUGUAGACUAGUUGAGAUGUAAUCAUAUAAGACUUGUUUAUUAUAAAAUAAUGUAUAGACCUCCAAACAAUAAUAACAGAGUGAAAUCAAUUCGGAAAAAGUUUGAAAAUAGUGAAAAUAAUAAAUCCCCUGAAAGAAAAAAUGGAAAAAACUGUGAUAGUGGUGACAGGAAUCCAAAUAAAAAUAAUGAAAGAUUAUUGGCCGAUGAAGGAACUAGAUUACAGUUUAAUAACAGUGGAGAAGUUGUUGAGAGAAAGCAAAUUGAAAAUAACCUUCUGCAAAGGCAAUUGAGUGAUCCUGCCAAGAGAAACAUUAAAAGAACACCUGCCUUUCGUGUAGAUAAAAGCGCAGAGCGUACCAGUGCUUUCCAAAGAAAUAGUAAUCAAAGUACCUUAUAUGAAAGUAAAGUUAAACAAUUUAGUGCCGUUAAGAAUAACUGUGAUAAUAACAGCAAUGUUUUGACAAAAAUUAGCGAGAUUAAGCCUUUACUAAAUAUUGAAUCUGAUAAGUCUAAUAACAUUAAAAAGCCUGUGCUUUUAAAAUCUCAAAGUUCUAUUGAAUUUCAAUCUGUCAGAAGCAAAUUUAGUAAUGAUAUUACAAAGAAUCUCUGUAAUGAUUGCCACGACAGUACAAAAAAUAGUCCUGAAAAAUCAAUGGAUAUAUCAUUGUUGUAUACUGAACCUAUUCCUAAAGCAUUACGUAGAAAUAAUUCAAAUUGUACAGAUAUAACUAGUCUUCCUGUUUCUGCCAAAAAAGAUUCAAUUUACAGUGUUAGUACAAUGAAAAUCGAGGAAAAGCUAUUAGAUAUUAAAAAAAGAGUUUCAUUGACUGAUUCUUUGAAAGUAGCAUUAAGUAGACCUCUGCCUAAAGGACCUGCCCCCAAAAAACCACCUAGAACAUUCCAGGCAUUAAAUAUACAAGAAUCAAUUGAAUUACCUAAAAAUAUAUCAUUUUUACAUACUAAACAAAUAGAAAAAAAGCCUCCAUCAAGAGCAUUUAAGAAGGCAGAUCCAAAAUAUAUGCUCAUUAGGCUUGAAGAUGCUGUUAGGAAUAAUAAAUUAAAAGGGCGAAAGCAACUAAUAGAUAAAUCUUUAACGUCUGGGGAAGAUAGUGAUGAUAGUAUGAUUGUCCAUACUAAAUCAAAUAGAACUCUUCCAAAAUUACCCAGCUAUGAAGAAAAUUCUAAUACAUCAGCACUUAAUUUUAAUUGCUUGAAACCUCUGAGAUUUGCCGUUACAAAUUAUGAGAAGAUAAGGGAACCAAAUUCUUGUUUUUUUGUUGGGAAUCCUCAUGAACCUGUUUAUGCAGAACCUUUUCACUACAGAAAAGAUUCGCUGGAUUCUGUUCUUCUAAAGAGAGAGGGGUCAUCCAGGAGUAAACAGAGUGCAAGGAACAGCCUUUACUAUAUGAGCACACCUGUUUUGACAGCAGGCUGCAAAUUUUUUGACAAUUUCACUGAAACUUCGGAGAAACAGAUGUCUGCUGAAAACUCGUCCCUCUCAUCGUUCACAUCAGAUGUCGAUACAUCACCCACAGAAGAAUCACCUAAAAUUAGAAGAAUCAUAGAAUGUUACGAAUCAGGAGGCACGACUUUUCUACAUAACGGUCAAAUUCCUUCAAAUAGAGUUGAUAAUUUGAGAAAUUCACUUCAACAAACAUUGGAUAACACUUUUAACAAUAUCAAUGCAGUGAGAGAUUCGGAUUCCGAGAAUUAUGAGAAUGAAAAAGUAUCUGAAAUUAUUAGAAAAUUUGAAACAUAUCGGCAAGCUAUGCCAAAGUAUUGUACUACUAAAAUUAGUAAGGAUUCUCUAUUUUAUUGUUGUCUAAUUAUAGAAAAAGGAAAGGAUAUAGCAAGGAUUAAAUUCAAGUACCCGUCCAAUGCUGUUAUCCCUCAAAAUAUUGAACAUCUAUGUUUUCCCGAAAGUGACAGCAUACCCUUAGAUAUGUCAGAUCUUUCACAAAAUUAUUCACUACUCAUUACCGAUGACAAAGGGGAACGUACAUAUGGCUACUGCAGAAGAGUUCUCCCAGAAGGUUCCAAUUGUUGUUUGCCAUUGACGUACUGCAUUCUAAGUAAAUAUAGAGCUCCAAGAUUUUAUCGCAAAAUUUUGUACGAAUUAGAAUCAAGACAUGGAAUUCAAACCAAGUAUAGAGAUGAAUUGAUUAGUCAGUUUUAUAAUCAAAAAUUUCCAAAACCGGGCGAAUCUAUAAAAAUAAAUCUCACUAAUAUAGAACCAAAUAUUUACAAGACUGAUGAUAAAGAAAAUAGUAUUAAAGAUAUAGAAGAAUCAGUUGAUGUCGGUUCUUUCGUUCCAGUAAACAGGACAGGUGAUUUUAUACCAGGAAAGAAUCAUCCAGAACAAAUUUUUGUUAAUAAAACUGAUAUUAAAACUAAUUGUACAAUACCAAGUUAUAUAGUACAAAGUAAAGAAAAAAACGAACUUAUUUUAACACUACAUCCUGAUACUAGAUUUGAGGAUUCUGAUCUGAAAAAGUUACAUCAGUUGCCUCCAGAUAUUUUAUUGAAGAUAUUUUCUUCAAUGUUACUAGAAAGGAAAGUCGUUCUUAUCAGUUCUAUGAUAAGCAAUCUUUCUUCGUGUAUAGAUUCCCUUCAAAGUAUACUCUAUCCUUUUACAUGGCAUCACACUUGUAUACCAGUACUACCUGAGCCGUUAUGGGAUAUUGUUGAAAGUCCAACUCCAGUACUUUGUGGAGUACUAUCCAAUGCUGUGACUAAAAAUUACCAAAUUGAGAAUGGCAUUGUGGUAGAUUUAGAUUCAAUGACCAUUCAAAGAGAAGAAGGCGAUGAAAAUAAAAUUUUAGCACAAAGUAUGAAAAAAGUAUGGAAGAGAAGUCUUGAUUUAGCAAAUAAAGCAGCAACUUCUUUAGAAUAUGUUCAUUCUGUUUAUUUGAGUGACGCAUACCUACAAGUGUUUAUAAUGUGCUUUAAAGAUUACAAAAAAUAUUUUGAGGAUGGAGUCUUUCAUAAAGAAGAAUUCAUCAAAAAUGGAAAAACGAAGGGAAUCAGAAAAUUUUUGAAUAUGUUCACAGAAACUUAUAUGUUCCUUGCUUUUAUUGACACUGUUCUUAAUACUCCCGAGAAUCUUACGGAGUUUGAUAAGAAAAUAGAAAUGUACGGAUCUGAGGAUUCAAAUGUUAUAUUAGAUAAACUUUUAGAGUGGAAUAAAUAGUUUAUACAAACACAUGUUUGUAUUGUUAUGUUUAUGUUAAAUGUAAUAGUUAUAAAAAUUGAUAUUUUUGUAUGUAUUUUUAAUAAAUGCUCUUUUCUACAA